GUUCUCCAUGUUUCCUAAACAAUUCCGUUACAUUAGGCAUUGUAAGUUGUGUGGAUCGUAAAAGCAAUGAUAUUGGACUACCUGGGAUAAGUAGAGAGUAUAUACAGGCUGAUUGUUCUGUGAAUCCGGGGAAUUCUGGAGGACCUCUUGUGAAUAUAGAUGGAGAAGUUGUAGGUGUCAGUGUUAUGAAAGUAACUUCAACGAGUAAAUGUUCAAAUAAAGUAUUGGCAACUGAGGGUCUGGGAUUUUACGUGCCAAUUGAUUCAGUUUCUAAGAUCAUGGUUCAGAAAUUUAUGCGAAAAGGAUAUCAAUCAUAAAGAUUUUAAUUAGUAUCUACAUAUAAUUUAUGUAUGUAUGUAUGUGUGUAUGUAUUUAUGUAUGUACAACUACCCUUGAUACUUUUGUGCCAACAAAAGGUA